AUGACAACUAUUAACCCAUCACCGCAACUUACACCGGAUUGUCUUGAAGAUGUUUUCGAUUAUUUGAGAAAUGAUCGAUCGUCACUUUUCUCCUGUUUACUCGUCAAUCGACUUUGGUGUCGUCUUGUAAUUCAUUUAAUUUGGAGUGAUCCUUUCGCCAUCGAUUCCAGCGACACCUCCCUGUCCAACAUUAUACAAACGUACAUUUCUUGUCUUCCAGAUACCUCAAGACAGCUCAUCGUUAACAAAAUUAGAAAUACCGAGGAGAAGACGGACGAAACGUCAAAUGAUGAUGAUUCCACGCAAUUAAAUUUUCAACAACCACUUUUCAUUUAUCCUGAAUACCUGCAAAAUCUUGAUUUGAAAAAUUUUAAUGAUGCACUCCGAGUGUGGCAUAAGGAACAUGACAAGUCAUUUGAUGAAUCGAUUCCAGAUUUCACCAUUUCAAAAGUUUUGGUCGAUUUCAUUUUUGAGAAAUGUUCAAGUAUAUCUCAAUUAAAUGUUCAUCUUUGGGAUAAAUGGAAUAUACCAUUAUUUGAAAUGAACUUUGAUUUAUUAUUUAACAGAAAGAAUGAAAGAAAUGUUUUUUUUAAUUUAAAAGAUUUUAAAUUUACUUUCCUCGCAAAAGAAAGGUCGGAAGGGUUGCCAAAAUCUCAUCAAAUUAUCGUAAAUUUAUUUAAAAUGAUGGAAAGAACAUCGAACAAUAUUCAAUCAAUGGAAAUAAUCUUCAGAUUACAUCAUCCACCGGAACAUGUUGAUCAGGUCAUCGAGAACUUAAUCAAGGCGCAAAAGAAUUUAAAAACUUAUAAAUCCAAUGAAUUUUGGGAUUCAAAAAAACCGAAUAUCUAUAACGUUUUGAUGAAAAAGAAUAAUUCCCUAACUUAUUUAAAUUUGAUAAAUCUAUCUUACUUUCACGAAUCUUUGAUCGAAGGGUUAAUGGCUUGUAAAAAUCUAGAAACCUUAGAAUUAUCAAGAUGUCCUGAAAUGCCUUCUCGUUACUUGGACUCUUCUCCAAAAAGUAAUCUCUCUAUUAAAAAUUUAAAAUUUUAUUACUCAACGAGUUUUCCGGUGUGCGAAGAAACCUUUAUUACUUUACUUCAAAUGUGUAAUAUUAAUCUAAGAAAAUUGGUCGUCAAAGGGGUAACUGGUGACAUCAUCGACGCAAUCUGUUUAAACAAUUCACAAAUAACCCAUUUGUCUCUCUGCGCUCAUCAACAAAUUUUUGAUCCCCCACAAUCUUUAUCCUCUUUAACAAACUUGACUCACCUUAAAUUAGGCAGUUAUCAAGCGAUCAUUUUCGUGGAUCGUACGUUACCUUAUUUUAUCGAUUCGCUUCCUUCUUCUUUACGGCAUUUGUAUUUUAAUUUUAAUAUGAGUCCAAUAUCUUUAAUAUUUUUCUUAAAUGAAUGUAAAAUUCCUUUAAAAAGCAUAGAAUUUCAUCAGGUUGAUGUUAAGGAUGAUGAUGUUAUUGAUGCCAUGAUUAAUUAUAAAAAAUCAAAUCAUGAGAGUUGUGAAGAGAUAAGGUUAUUCAUAAAACAACACUUUUACUUAAGGUUGGAAGAAACGAGGAAAUACGUCAACAUUAUUAUGGAUGCUUCUAAUGCUCAUCAACAAAAUUAUGACCUUUGGUAG